UAAGAGAGAAGCGUUUACCAAAAGCUAAUAGAAAAAUGCGCAGUGAAUGGGGAAGUGCAAUUGAAAUAGGGAAGUAACAGGGAAACAUUGUUUCAACAAAUCUGUCGCAGGAAAAACGAAAUUAAACGAAACGAAAACGAUGAUUAGUAUUCUCACCCAGGAGCGGUUAUUGGGAGCGUCACUGGGUGUAAUAUUGACGAGUGUGGUUGUAUUGGAGCAACGCAGAUACAUCUACUCUUCUGUAUCGGAUUCCCAAUCUCACUCUCAGGUUAGAGAACCCAUAUUUGGGAAGAAAUCACGUUCUGAAUUUGCACAUUCAUGGAACAAAACUGUGGAUCAAACAUUUGGACCUUUGAUAAAGUCUCUCAGCUCACGAGGAUGGUAGAAAUGUUAUGAGUUUUUAAUACUAUAUAUAUUGUGCAAUUGUGAUAUUAAAACAUGCAGUAAUUGGCCUUUUUAUUUAUCUUCACAUUCUAAAUUGUUUGAAGACCAAUGUGAUGUUAUCUGCAACAUUCACAUGUUCCUUCAGUAUAUGCAUCAAAAUACAUGAUUUUACUAGUUUCUGACUAUUGGAAUUUACUUACAUUGUCUCUA